AAAGAGAGGAGGAGAGAGAAAGAGAAGGGCUGAUAACCAAGACAACGACACAAAGAUGGCGACAGAUUCCACUGCGGGACGCCAAUGGGAGUCCAGAUUAGCAGAUCGUCCUGCGGAGUACCAGAACCGUGUCCGCUACAACGGGACGACGACCGGCCUGACACCCCGACACGACCACCACCGACCCCCGCCACAUCAUCGCCACGGGCAGUAUGGAGAGAGGACCUAGCAGCAGCCAGGUGUGGAACCCCCCCUCUGUUAUCUGUAUGGACAGAGCAGAGCCCCCUCUGCUGACCUGGUGUUCCACCUGCAGGUCUGGGAUGGGGAGAGAGGGAAAACACCAGUCCACUGGAGAGGACUGGCAGACCAUACAGGACUCUUGGGUGCAGCUGUUUCAAGGUCGAUGCCUGACUUACUGACUACAGGCGUGUGACUGACAGCUCGGCUCUCGGCGGCAUGCUCUCGCGCUGUCCUGCUGUCAGUCCCUCUGGAGAUGGGUUCUGCGCCAGGCGACCAGAGCAGCAACAGCGGAAAGGAAGAAUCUCUCAUCUUCAGCUGUUCUAGAGGUGUGGGUGUGACCGGUGCCCAACCCAGUGGUCCCCAACCAGAGACAUGAGUGUGGUCCGAGACCCACAGGGGGCGUACAGGGGGGUGGGAGGGGGCGACCAUCUGGGAGGUCUAGGGGUGGGGAUGGGGGUGGACCCCCACAGCCACUUCACAGAGCACGCCCCUCGGCCCCCUGUCCCUGGAGAAGAAGGGGGUGACCGUGACCCCUACCACCUCCCCUCCAGCCAUGGAGGCCGCCCCCCCACCCAGUCCACCUGCUACCCCCCCCCCAAAACAGACCCCGUCUUCCGUAGUAGCGAGUCCCCAUCCUCGGCCACCCCCACCCCCAGGCGGCCGGACCUGGACCUAGGGUACGAGCCUGAGGGCAGCGCCUCCCCCACGCCUCCCUACCUGAAGUGGGCCGAGUCGCUCCACUCUCUCCUGGAUGACCAGGAGGGUAUCCAGCUGUUCAGGGGCUUCCUGAGACAGGAGGGCUGUGGGGACCAGCUUGACUUCUGGUUCGCCUGCUCCGGCUUCAGGAAGAGCAGCCAGGAGAAGAGGCCCAAGCUGGCCAAGGCCAUUUACAGGAAGUAUAUUCAGGAUAGUAACGGCAUCGUGUCGAGGCAGAUUAAACCAGCUACUAAGAGCUUCAUCAGAGACUGUGUGGUCAGACUGCAUCUGGACCCUGCCAUGUUCCAACAGGCCCAGACAGAGAUCCAGAGCACCAUGGAGGAGAACACCUACCCUCUGUUCCUGAAGUCAGACCCCUACCUGGAGUACACCCAGACAGGGGAGGAGAGCCCCAAACCCCCCAGCGACCACAGCUCCUCAUCGGGUACUGGUCCUGGGCCGCUGGGGCCUGGCUACCUGCCCACCCUCACAGAGGACGUAGAGUGGAGGUGCCGGGAGGAGGAGGAGGAAGAGGAGGAGGAAGAAGAGGAGGAGAGCGGGGAUACGCAGGCCAGCAGGCUGACCCAGAGGUUGCUAAUGGAGACGGCUCCUCACAGAGUGUCGACCAAUCGGAGAGCAGGGGAAAGCCGAGAGUACAGACCAUGCAGAGAGCCGGUCGUUAACCCCUACUACUACGUGAACAUGGGUUCUGCUCGCGCCCCGGCAACCAGCGCUAACGACAGUGAACAGCAGAGCAUGUCCAGCGUCUCCGACGGCGACACACUCUCACUGACCGACAGCAGUGUGGAUGGUGUUCCACCCUACCGGUAUCGUAAACAGCAUCGUAGAGAGAUGCAUGAAAGUGCCAAAGCCAACGGACGUGUGCCCCUACCUCACAUACCUCGUACGUACCGUGUGCCAAAGGAUGUCCACGUUGAGCCGGAGAGGUUUGCUGUUGACCUCAUCAGUCGACUGGAGGAAGUGCUGAGAGAGAGAGAAGCACAGGAUAGACUGGAGGAGAGACUGGAGAGGGUCAGACUGGAGGAGGAGGGCGACGACGCCGACGUCUCCAUGGUAAACUCCCUCCCCCCCUACGGCAACAAGCCCCUCCCCGCCUCCACCUCGUCCCUCCACCCCCACUACGGGUCCCGUUAUUCAGAGACCUCGUACAACGGUGUUCUGGCGCUACAGGACGCCCACGAGGAGAACCCGGAGUCCAUCUUGGACGAACACGUGCAGAGAGUGAUGAAGACGCCGGGGUGCCAGUCACCAGGCACCGGGAGACACUCACCCAAGUCCCGCUCCCCCGACGGGGGGGUAGGAGGGGUAGGGGUGUACCCUCCGCCUCACUCUGGGAGAACCCAGGGGCCUCCAGGGGUGAAAGGCCACAAGCCAGGAGCCAAGGGAGGGGACCCAGCGGGGAUGGGAGCAGGUGUUUACCACCACAAGCAUGGCUACCACCACCCCCCAGGGGGCACCAAGCCCAAAGAGCCCCAGAUGGAUGAGGUGGUGCUUGGUGGAGGCUCCAGGACCCAGGGGAGCGGCCUGUGGAACGGGGAGGCCCACCACUACGCUACCGGGAAGGGACGCAACUACGCAGAUGGGGCUGGGACCAUGGACGCGAUGGGCUAUAGCAGUAAGGGCAGCACCCUAUCGAAGCGUGGCUCUAAGAAGGGGGCGGAGCCGACGGGUAAAGGCGAUGAGGGGCGUGUCCAGGAGGCCCAGGUACCGCUGGAGGACCUGGAGAGAAACCACAAGAUACUGCAGUGGAUGAUGGAGGGGGAGGCACUACGACACAAAAAGAACACACACGGGAGUACCACAGGCUCCAGGAAGACCCAGGGGAGUGUGGAGCUGUUGAGACCCAGCUCUGUGGAGCGUCCUGGGGCAGUGCACCCCUGGGUGAGCGCCCAGCUGCGGAACAACGUGCAGCCCUCCCACCCCUUCAUCCAGGACCCCACCAUGCCCCCCAAUCCCGCACCCAACCCCCUCACUCAGCUAGAGGAGGCCCGGAGGAGACUGGAGGAGGAGAGGAGGAGGGCCGCCCUGCUGCAGGCUAAACAGAGACAGAAGUCUUUAAGCAGUAAGAAACAGGGGUCACAGUGUGAGAACGUGACUGUGGCGUACUACUUCUGUGGCGAGCCAAUCCCCUACCGCACCACGGUCAAAGGUCGCGUGGUGACCCUGGGACAGUUCAAGGAGCUACUCACCAAGAAGGGCUUCUACAGGUUCUACUUUAAGAAGGUGAGUGAUGAGUUUGACUGUGGCGUGGUGUUUGAGGAAGUCAAAGAGGACGACGCCGUCUUGCCCAUCUAUGAGGAGAAGAUCAUCGGUAAGGUAGAGAAGGUGGACUGAACCACGAAACAGGAAAUGGAGCCGGGAGGAAGUGGAGGAGGAACAAUGACGCAGAGAAAAGACUGAACCGGACCGGAGGAAGAGGAGGUGGAGAGAGUGCUUUUGGAUGAGGAGGAGCGGGGGAGUAAAGGAGGGUGGGAAAGGACGAGACAGAAGAAUGGAAUGGUACACAGAAUGUCACUGCCUGGUUCAAGCUUAGAGGAACACACGUUUGGAAAGGAGGACGAGACAGAAGAAUGGAGGGAGGAACAGGGGGAACAGCCGUUCCGACCAGUCUUCCACUCCUGCUCUGGGGGAGGAGGGAGGAACAGGGGGAACAGCCGUUCCGAACAGUCUUCCACUCCUUCUCUGGGGGAGGAGGGAGGAACAGGGGGAACAGCCGUUCCGAACAGUCUUCCACUCCUGCUCUGGGGGAGGAGGGAGGAACAGGGGGAACAGCCGUUCCGAACAGUCUUCCACUCCUGCUCUGGGGGAGGAGGGAGGAACAGGGGGAACAGCCGUUCUGGACAGUCUUCCACUCCUGCUCUGGGGGACGAGACAGAAGGAUGGAGGGAGGAACAGGGGGAACAGCCGUUCUGGACAGUCUUCCACUCCUGCUCUGGGGGACGAGACAGAAGGAUGGAGGGAGGAACAGGGGGAACAGCCGUUCUGGACAGUCUUCCACUCCUGCUCUGGGGGACGAGACAGAAGGAUGGAGGGAGGAACAGGGGGAACAGCCGUUCCGAACAGUCUUCCACUCCUGCUCUGGGGAAGCUGUUCUCCUUGCAGAACCAGCUGCUGCUAAGUUGCUAUGGAGACGUCAUGGUGCUCGGAACAGGAUGACGGCUGAGUUCCAUUCCAGAAUCUCACUCCCUUCAGUCCCUAGUCUCGUCGCUGAGGGGGUAGAGGGGAUGAAUGCGGCCCAAAAAGCACCCUAGACCCCAGUGAUCAUCGACUAGAUUCAGCCACAGGCUGGUCAGGGGGCCACAGGCUGGUCAGGGGGCCUGAAUAUAAUUACAUAUCAUUUGUGGACUGCAAAUUGACUACAACAAGCACAAACAGAUAGAAUAUUUGACUAAAACAUAAUCACUUCAAACCUUUCUUACAUUUGUAUACAAUCACAUAUCUCUCUAUUUAUGCCUGGGAAUACUUUUGGAAUACCGGCAUUUAAAAUCAUUUGGAGAUGAACGCCGGUGUUUCUACAAGCUGUUAUGUUUCAAAAUAAAAGCCCUCUGGUCCCUGGUCACUAUAGGGAAUAGGCUGCCGUUUGGGACGCGAUGAGGUGAGGGUUUUGAUCACAGAGCCUUCAUCUCCUCAACACGUGGACAUCAUGAUGCCAUCGUGAUGACAUCAUAAAGACAUCAUGAUGACAUCAUAAAGACAUCAUGAUGACAUCAUAAAGACAUCAUGAUGACAUCAUAAAGACAUCAUAAAGACAUCAUGAUGACAUCAUAAAGACAUCAUGAUGACAUCAUGAUGACAUCAUAAAGACAUCAUAAAGACAUCAUAAUGACAUCAUAAAGAACCUUCACGCCCCAUCCUCUGAUGUCACCUAGCGAUGUCAAAGCAUUCUGUUCAAACGAACAUGGUUGUAUAAAACUGGUUUACUGCAGCUGUAUAUUUUUGAUACAACGCUACGCCUACGGACAUAAAAAGGAAAAGUUGUCUUUUUACCUGUAGACAUUUUAGUAUUUUUUCUGGGUGGGUAAUGUACAGGUACUAGUAGGUUUUAACAUGUGUACAGGCUGGAGUACAGUCCCUAAUGGCACCCUAUUCCCUUUCUAGUGCACUACUUUUAACCAGAGACCUAUGGCCAAUGGCACCCUAUUCCCUUUCUAGUGCACUACUUUUAACCAGAACCCUAUGGCCAAUGGCACCCUAUUCCCUUUCUAGUGCACUACUUUUAACCAGAGACCUAUGGCCAAUGGCACCCUAUUCCCUUUCUAGUGCACUACUUUUAACCAGAGCCCUAUGGCCAAUGGCACCCUAUUCCCCAGCUAGUGCACUAUGAGGGGGGUGUUAGAGUGUGGGACUCCUUGUAUUUUUUCUAUGUAAAGGUAUAUAUUGUAAAGCCAGAUGGCUCCUGUAAGGGCUGUCAUCUUGUUUUCAGGCCUUCUUCUCCAGGAGACGCUUCAUGUCUAUUAUCCCGUUCAACUGCCUCUGGCUGUUUGUCCCAAAGGGCACCGUAUUCCCUAUAUAGUGUGAUACGUUUUACCAGGGUUCAUGGAGCUCUGGUCAGAAGUAGUGUACUAUAUAGGGUAUAGUGUGCACUUCGGGACAUAUGCUUUUACUUAUGUGCAACCCUAACCCCUUAUACCCUAGGUUGAACCCUAACCCCAGGUUGAACCCUAACCCCUACACCCUAGGUUGAACCCCUAACCCCUACACCCUAGGUUGAACCCCUAACCCCAGGUUGAACCCUAAUCCCUGCAGCCUAGGUUGAACCCUAAUCCUUACACUCUAGGUUGACACCCCCCUACACUCUAGGUUGAACCCUAACCCCCUACACUCUAGGUUGAACCAUAACCCCCUACACUCUAGAUUGAACCCUAACCCCCUACACCCUAGGUUGAACCCUAACCCCCUACACCCUAGGUUGAACCCUAACCCCCUACACCCUAGGUUGAACCCUAACCCCCUACACCCUAGGUUGAACCCUAACCCCCUACACCCUAGGUUGAACCCUACACCCUAGGUUGAACCCCUAACCCCUACACCCUAAGUUGAACCCCUACACCCUAGUUUGAACCCCCACACCCUAGGUUGAACCCCUAACCACUACACCCUAGGUUGAACCCCCCUACACCCUAGGUUGAACCCUAACACCCUAGGUUGAACCCUAACCCCCUACACCCUAGGUUUGGAGUGGGGUCUAGGGAUCGGUUUGGAAUUUGAAAACUGUCUGUCGAUCAUUAAUGUACUGCAACUCUCCCCAACUUCUCCCCUCAGACACCCAGGGCCUGUAUCUGUUUCAGAUCAAAGCUGCCCCAUAGCAGAGCACAGAUCUGGGAUCAGUUUACCCCUAACUUCUCCUCUCUGUCCCAGGGCCUGUAUCUGUUUCAGAUCAAAGCUGCCCCAUAGCAGAGCACAGAUCUGGGAUCAGUUUACCCCUAACCCUGUGUUGUGUCUCAAGUGACACCCUGUUCCCUAUAUAGUGCACUACUUUUCACCAGGUUUCAUAGGGCUGUGGUCAGAAGUAGUGCGCUAUAUAGGGAAUAAGGCGUCACUCUCUGGAGAGGAAACUCUCUUAGGAUCUGUUUUUUACUCCAAGGUUCCUGGACUGUGUGUGUUCUAUGUACUACGUUGUAUUUCUACAAUGAACCAAUCUACGGUGUGUGGAUCUAUGUAAACAGCCAAAGAAAAUCCAUAACCUGUCUAUGUUGUGAUGUCUGUACAUCUCUCAAAAUGCGUCUGUCUGUGUCUCUGUCCGUACAGUUAGUCCCGUCGUGAAAUAUCUUGUUUUAUUGUGUAUCUGUCUGUAUGGUAGAAAUUAACUUGGUUAUCCCAAUUUCCCCCAAUAGUCCAGUCUAUAAUGUGGAGUUAAAUGUAUUGUGGUUUAAAUCAACUUCUGGAGAAACGGUGCCUGAAGGUGACUUGUACUCCGAUCUGGUCCAAGAGGGUAAAUACACAAUAGGACUAUUUCAUCCCAAAGAAUCCAAGAUGGUGACCCGCUAUAAAUCCAAGAUGGUGACCCACUAUCUCGUCCUCUGAAUUAUAACGUUUUAGAUGAGAGAAUGUUGUUUCAUGCGACAAUAUCUGUCCAAAUAAUUGGCAAGCAUGUUAUCAUUUUAUAUAAAAUGUAUUUUACGAUUAUACAUUGGAUUAUACCCGAUUUUUAGUUUUAUUUGUAGUUGUAAACUACAUUGCCCCUUUUGAAUGGUAUUUAAUGCUGUGUUAUUGGAAGUAUUGGGGGGGGGGGGGGUGUCCUGGAUGGCACCCUAUUCUCUAUUUGUACACUACUGGCCUUAAGUAGUGCACUACAUAGAGAAUAGGGUGCCAUUGGCCAUAGGGACCUGGUAAGAAGUAGUGCACUAUAUAGGGAAUAGAGUGCCAUUUGAGACGUCACCCUGGAAUUCUCAUAAAUGAAUGGGAAAAGCUGUAAGGGUCCUUUUUUUUAUAAUGGUAAUUAUUAUAAUGAAGGUAAUUUCCAUUUAACUAAGAUGUUACAGGGUCACUACAGAGUAUGUGGGACUGAUCUACGAUCAGUUUUUGGAAAUGAAUAACAUGACAUUUAUGUCGUUUAGCAGAUGUUCUUAUCCAGAGCCACUUACAGUAGUGAGUGGAAUACAUGUAUUGAUACUGGUCCCCACCCCCUCCCAGUGUUGCAAGUGCCAACUGAGCCACACGGGACAUUACAUGGACGGGGGGACGGGGGACGGGGCAGCCUACGGGACAUUACAUGGACGGGGGGGCAGCCUGAUCCUAGAUCCAGCCAACCUACUCUGAGAAGAUUUCUGAAUACAGGCCCAGAUGUCAGUGGUUGUGGGGUGAAAACUGUGCCUUUUUAAUCCCAUCCUAAAACGGCAAUCACUGAUUGUCAUAAAAACCUGUCAUUACAUGCAUUCGCCUGUAGGUGGUGUUGUUUUUUUAAUCACUGUCAUUUUGUUUAUUAUUUUCAACCAACAUUACGCUGUGUCGGUCUUGACAAGCUCUUCACUAUGUAAAUAUGUACAUUGCCAUAUUUCCUAUGUCUUCUGUCCUCAACCCGCUGACAGACAGUCUCUGAGGUUUAUAAACUACACAGAGAUUGCAGAGCGCUGGAUUCACUUGUACAUUUCUUUUUAAAAAGGUACUUCGUUAAUAAAUACAUUGAAUAAAA